AUGUCCGUCAACGAAAAGACUGCCCCCGUCGUCACCAUGGCCGCCUCCCCUCCCCCGAAUCAAUCCCAGCUCGAACGCUCAGUCUCGAUGGCCCCAACCUACUCGGAGAUGGCUCAAGUUCAGCAACCCUCGCCCAUCCAGCAGCCCGCCGCCGCGUAUAAUGCCUAUCCCGAUUCUGCUCAGCAAAUGCAGCAGUACCCUCAGCAGCGUGACUACCCUCAGCAGGGUGGCUACCCUCAGCAGCAGGGUCAGAUGUCGCCCUACGGCCAGCAGCAGCAGCAACAGCAGCCUCAGGCUCAGCCUCAGAUGGAUCAGCGUGGGUUCCAGAUGCAGCCCCAGAUGCAGCCCCAGAUGCAGCUACAUGGUCAGCCUGGUCAGCCAGGACAGCCGGGUCAGCCUUUCAACUCUGCCGCCGUCGAUAUGACCGACGGAGCCCGAUACCAGCAGAUGAUGAUGUCACAGUGUGCCUCGGGGAACCACGCCUACGAUACUAAAUACGGCAUCGUCGGUAUCUUGGUGGCGGUCCUCUGCUGCCCGUGCGGUCUUCUGGCCCUCCUCGUCGACAAGAAGAAGAUCUGCACGCGUUGUGGUCAUCAAAUCUCGUGA